AUGACACUGAAAAAUUUUGAAGUCAGUUUAAAUGAUAGCGUCAAUUGGAAAUCACCUUUUUCGCUUAAAUGUAGUGUUGCCAGAACUCGUAAGGCAACAGCAUUGAUGGAUCCAAAUGGAAUUACACUUUAUUCAGGUGUACCUCGCUUCAAUAAAAGCGACUAUUAUUCACCAUCUAUAUUUCGAACAAAUUUUAAAUUGAAAAAUAAGGGUGUUUUAGAUCCAAUUGAUAUUCAAACAUCACAAAAUUAUAAACGCAUAUGGCCACAUGGUGAUGAAGAUUAUGUAGGAUCAUUUUAUGUUGAUCACCAAGUUUUAUUUUUUUUCCAAGAAACUGGGAGUGUUGAUGAGAAUAAAAAAAUACAAAUUAUUGACGAAAUUUCUGCGGAAACCCACAGAGGACAUUCUGAUAUACCUGGAGGAGCCGAAACAUAUUUUCGAGUUGCAAGAGUUUGCAAAAAAGAUAAGGGAACAUCAAAAAAACCACGAACUUGGAGCACAUAUGCAAAAGCUAGACUCAACUGUUCAUCAUUCGAAACAAUGAGAAUUUGUGUAUUUCAUAUUGAUGAUAUCAACAGGGCAUUUGAUGGUGAUUUUAUGAAAAUAUAUUAUAAAAAUAAUGCAUUAUCAGAUCCAGUCAAUAUUCCCCAAGCAAGACCAAAACUUUGUCAAGAAAAUUUAAAAAACUAUCAUAGUACAAGUGGUGAUUAUUCAACCAUGGAUACAGUGAUUGAGCCAUUAAUGGAUGGACCAAUAUUUGAAUUGAAAAACGAGCAAUCAUAUCUUACAAAAAUUGUUGCUGAUAAAAUUAGUAAAAGUGUUUGUGGCAAUGUUGUUGAUUUAACAGUUAUUUAUGCUGGAACAAGUCAAGGUGAAGUUUAUAAAAUUAUUCAAUGGACUGAGCAGGGAAAAAUUAUAACAAAAUUACAAGAUAAAUUUCAAGCAAUUCCUGAAGAUGAGGAAAUAAAAGCCAUGGAAAUAUCAUCAAAGCAUCAAUCAAUUUAUGUUGCUUCAGCUCGUAGAGUUAAACAAAUUAAUAUGAAAAUAAGUGAGGACUUGAUAAAGAGUCUAUUUAAUCUUAAGUGUUAA